CUGUUGCAGCUGAUAUAAAGUUCAAAAACAAGAAGAUCGAAGUAAAAGGAAUCACAGACGUCUUUUUCUCUUCUUUGAAACAAUUUCUUAACUGCACAUACGAAUACAAGAUGGCCUCUGCAAUUACCUUCGGAACUCCGUAUCCUAACGGUACCUGGUCUCCCGGAAUCAUGGCUGAUCUCCAGAAUAAUGUGAUUGACAUCACAAUGCCAGCCGUUGCCAGAGCUGCCGACCGCGACGUAUUGGCAGACCCAAUUCCGGCCAUUUCGGUGCUGCCUGUAAACAUCUUGGCUGGGCGGAAUAGAACCCGUGAAACUAACGUGGCUGGUUACCUGCUGACCUUCGAUCCCCAAGUGUGGGCGAUGCUUCUGUUCUUCCUGGCCUUCCUCAGCAUCGUUAUGAUCUCCUUGGACGCCAUUUCACGGAAGAUGCGCCGCCAGAGGGCUUCCGUUUUUGAAAUGUGGAACCAACACUUCUGGAUGCUGUUCGAGAACAUGUUUUGCGAAGCAUCGGCGGAAAUGCCAGAGCGCACGGAUCUGCGGCUCGUCAGCGCCGUCUGGUGGAUCGCCAUCGUGGUGCUGAUGAACGCGUUCGCUGGCCAGAUGCGCGCCUGCCUUAUGGUCAAGUCCGAGCUGAAGCGCAUCAAUACCCUGGCUGACAUCGCUGAGAAGCCUCAUCUCAAGGUCUACCUUCUUAAGAACACUGUGGCCUCACGUUAUCUCGAGUCGUCUCAAGGAGCCGCAGAGCGAAAAGUGUGGAGCAUGAUACGCCGCGACCGGACCGACCUCUUCGGCCUGCUGAGAUUCCCUGAAGAGAUGGUACAUGAGAUUGUGCAGGAGAAGGCAGUGGUCAUUCAUGCCGGAACAAUUUCACAAAACGAGACCGACUGCCUCUUGGUCUUCGAGGCACGCUUUUAUCCCUUCUCCCCCGGGUUCCAGAAGCGUCUGGGAGGGUUCUUCGGCAGUGCAGCACGGCCAAGGCUAGGGAAAGUUCGAGAAUUUUUCUCGCCCGUUCUACUGACGGCGGCGUCGCUCGGCGUUUCAGCAUGCUUUCCAUCUAGAUGA